AAACAACCUCCCCACCACAGCCAACAUGCGUCCUCUAACCGACACCGAAACGAAAACUCUCUUCGAGAAACUCGCCAACUACACCGGCCGCUCCCUCAACAACCUCCUCACCGACACCACAACCGACCCAAACUCCAAAACUCCCGACCGCUACGUCUUCCGCGUACAAAAAGAUCGCGUCUACUACAUCCGCGAAUCGCUCGCCAACCUCGCCACCUCCGUCGCACGGGACUCUCUCCUUUCCCUCGGAACAUGUCUAGGAAAAUUCACCAAGACGGGCAAGUUCCGCUUGCACAUCACGGCGUUGGAUGUCAUUGCGCCGCAUGCGAGGUAUAAGGUGUGGGUGAAGGCGAAUGGAGAGAUGCCGUUUUUGUAUGGUGGACAUGUGGUCAAGGCGCAUGUGGGACGGUGGAGUGAGGAUGCACCGGAGCAUGCGGGAGUGAUUGUUAUGAGUAUGAAUGAUACGCCUUUGGGAUUCGGCGUCACAGCGAGAUCAACAGCAGAGGCACGAAAACUGGAUCCGACUGGAAUCGUCACCUUUCGACAAGCAGAUGUUGGCGAGUACCUGCGUGACGAAGAUACACUGUUUGCUGGUUGAAAGGCGGUAACAUGAACUUUCCAUUGAUUGAGACACGAUGACGCCGCAGCUGGGCGGACUAGACAUCAAUGAACUCCGAGAGUUCUCACUCGCAUACGCAGUCGCGCGCUGUUCCGGAGGAGUCUAGCCUUCGGGCUUGGGUGGUGGCGGCACGCGGUGUCACC